UUACAUACAGGUCGUGGUGAUAAGAUGAAGGCCAUGCAGGUGAUUUUCUUGACUUUGCUGUCUGUUCUGGCAGCCAGCGCUCAGGUGUUGAAGUUCGCCAAAUGUCCCAAACCAGCUGUUCAAGCCAACUUUGAUGCUUCCAAGUACCUUGGUAAGUGGUAUGAGAUCAUGAAGCUGCCAACAUCCUUCCAGAAAGGCGAGUGCAGCAUUGCCACCUACAGCCUGAAGAGUCAUGGAGUCAUCGGGGUCCUCAACAGUGAGCUGCUUGACAAUGGAACCGUUAAUUCUAUCGUCGGCUCUGCCAAGGUCAAGGACCCCUCUGAGCCUGCUAAGCUAGAGGUCUCUUUCUUUGAAGGAUCUCCUCCUGGUCCCUACUGGGUGCUGUCCACCGACUACAAGGGUCACUCUCUGGUCUACGGUUGCGUUGACUACGGCCUGUUCAGCAUCGAGCUGUCCUGGAUCCUGAGCAGAGAGCCCACUCUGUCUGAGGAGACCGUCGAGGAGCUGCACAGCAUCCUGUCCUCCAUUGGAAUCGAUGUAAACAAGAUGGUGCCCACCAACCAGAAUGAGACUUACUGCAGUGCCAUGAACCAGUAA